UGUUAAUAAUACAUAUUAAAUGUUUUUGUACUUAACUAUAAAUAAAAAUUAUAAAAAAAUACAAUUGGCUGCACAGUUUUUUUUUGAGAAAAAUUAAGAUUACCUAUAUAUAUGUGAAAGUAUUUUAUUUUGCAGAGAGUAUAUAGUUUUUGUUAAUUCAACAAUAAUUUGAGUUUAAACCAAAAAAAAAGUUCUCAGUUCCCUUAUCUUAAUACAGGAAAAAAAGAAAUUAUAUUCAAUACUUCAACGUAAAAUAAAAUAAAAAGUUGGUUCACGCGAGACAUCAUAACGACUAAAGUAAGUUUAAUUAAAGUCUUUUCUGCCUUUAGCACUUUUUCUCCUUUCUCACGGUUUCAUUGGCUCUCCCUCUUUUGCUCUGCUUCAGUUUCUCUUCCCAAAAACAAACUAUCGUAUUGCAUCUGAGUAUCCGAGAGAGUUUCUUUUGAUUUUAGAGAGGGGCUAAAAUGGCGACGAACAUUGGUAUAAUGGAUAGUGCUUACUUUGUUGGAAGAAACGAGAUUCUUGGUUGGAUCAAUGACCGUCUUCAUCUCAAUCUCUCUCGCAUUGAAGAGGCUGCAUCGGGUGCUGUUCAAUGUCAAAUGAUGGACAUGACCUUUCCAGGGGUUGUGCCUAUGCACAAGGUAAACUUUGAUGCAAAGAACGAGUACGAGAUGAUACAAAACUAUAAAGUCAUGCAAGAAGUCUUCACCAAAUUGAAAAUUACAAAGCCAUUGGAAGUCAACAAGCUUGUCAAAGGGAGACCACUAGACAACUUGGAGUUUCUACAAUGGCUGAAACGUUUUUGUGAUUCCAUAAAUGGUGGCAUUAUGAAUGAGAAUUAUAAUCCAGUGGAACGAAGAUCAAGAGGUGGUAAAGAGAAAAGUGUAAAGGGGUCUAGUAAGGUCUCAAAGUCCAUGCAAACAAACAAUAUGCAUCAGCCUCCUCCAGUCACUACUUCCAACAAAACAUUUGGUCCCAAGCAAGCAAAAUCACAUGCUGUUGGAGGUGGGAGCAACUCAUCAGCCGAAGUGCAAGCUCUGUCAAAGGAGCUUGAAGAUCUCAAGGUCUCGGUUGAUCUCUUGGAAAAGGAAAGAGAUUUUUACUUCAGUAAGCUCAGGGAUGUAGAGAUACUUUGUCAGACUCCUGAGCUCGAUGAUCUUCCAAUAGUGGUAGCGGUUAAGAAGAUAUUAUAUGCAGCAGAUGCUAAUGAAUCUGCAUUAGAAGAAGCUCAAGAGUGCCUAAGCCAGUCUCUAGGGCUUGGGGCUGAGGAAGUAGAACAAGAAGCAGAGACCCAGACUUAAAGUUGUGAUUUCUAACAAAAUGAAGUUUUCAAAGUAGAGGAUAACAAUAAUCAGCUUGAAAAUUUUAAUAAUAAAAGAACAAAUGCUUAACGAUUAAUUUUUUGUUUGAAACACAAAUAGAUGCCACAUUGAGGCAAAACACAAACUAGUGGUCCUAUGUUAUUCAAGUUUCCAAGUGCAA